AUGAGACAAAAGCGCGCAAAGGCAUAUCGGAAGCUCAUGGCUCUCUACUCCAUGUCAUUCGGCUUUCGACAGCCCUAUCAAGUCCUUGUGGACUCUGAAAUGUGCCAACUGGCUGCAGACUCGAAAACCGAACUCGGAAAACAAAUCUCGACUGCUCUUCAAGGCGAGACGAAGCCCACCACUGUCUAGUGAUCACUCAAUGCUGCAUCCACGAGCUGUAUCUGCGCGGUAAAUCGCAUCAGCCCGCUGUCGACCUCGCGAAACUAUUCGAGCGAAGGAAGUGUAAUCAUCGCGAACCGAUACCGGGGGACGAGUGUCUAGCGAGUGUCGUUGGGGAAAUGAACAAGCACCGCUACGUCGUCGCGACACAAUCCCAGACCCUGCGCUCGCAACUGCGGAGUAUACCCGGUGUUCCGAUUCUGCACAUCAACCGUUCCGUUAUGAUCUUGGAACCUCCAAGCGACGCUACACUGCGAAGCAAAGCACUCACUGAAGAAAAGGCUUUGCAUGCGACAGGAUCCGAAAAACCGCAAUCGGAUGCCGGGCCUGUCCCCAAGAAGCGCAAAGGGCCGAAAGGGCCUAAUCCACUUAGCGUGAAGAAGAAAAAGCCCGAUCCUAAACCGGCGGCUACAACAAAACCAAGGAGUAGUGAAACUGCGAUAGUAGGAGAGAAGAGAAAGCGAGAGGAUGUAAAGGAAGCACAGGAAUCGCAAGCUGAGCCUGAGAUGAAAAAGAAACGCAAAAGAAGAAGAAAGGCCACGGACACAGAUGCUUCUGUAACCCAGUCUGUAGACUAAUAUAUUCACCCGUCCCUCGUUACCGUGUCUCAAUAGUCCUUACUCGUACUCAGUUGACGAAAAGAUGCAACCCAAUGAAUGUUGUUAAAUUGCGACGUGUGAUAGUAGGAUUACAGAUUACAAAACGAUGCGAGAAGCCCUCAGUUGCCGCCGCGGAGACGCAGGACAAGGUGGAGGGUCGACUCCUUCUGAAUGUUGUAGUCAGAGAGAGUACGGCCAUC